AUGCUGUGCAUCACACUGUUAUCCGGGGCAGAACUGACGAGCAUUGCUGUUGAGGAUGUGCUCGAUGUGAAGGCCUUGAAGCAGCGACUGCACUUGUUGCACGGCCUGCCACCACGAUUCAGACAAAGGCUGCUUCGAGGAGGCCAGACUCUGGAUGAUGCAUUCCAACUGGACUCGCCGAUGGACCUGCAGGUAGUGCUCACGACACUCGCCGAGCCCUCCGACUGCCAGAUGGAACAACUCCUCGUUGCGGCCAGGGAUGGCUUCAUGUCCGAGGUUGAAGCUCUGCUGCAGCUCCCGGUGCACCCAGAUGUUUUCAAGCGCCAAUAUCAUCCGGACAUCUUCGACGAUCUGGAGGAGGCUCUUCAGGAGGAGGAUAGCACUGCAUUGAUGCUGGCGGCAAGCUGCAAUCACCCUGAGAUCGUGAAGCUGCUGUUGGAGGCCGGCGCUCAGGUGAACUUUGCCGAUGAGUGUGGAUGGACAGCACUGAUGAAUGCGACAAUAAACGGUCACACUCAAGUGGUGCAGCUGCUUCUAGAGGCAGGUGCUCAGACGGAUCCGGUGAACGACAUGGGCCAAACUGCUAUAGAUCUGGCGAUGGAGCAUAGCAGAAUAAUGCGCAUGCAGCCCGCCGGUGAGGACCAGAAUGAAGUCUGCCGAUUACUUACGCAGGCCGAGGUCUUGGCGGCAGAGGGAAAA